AUGACAGGAUCACUGAUCACUGCAUCCCAGUCGGUGGGAAACUUCCAGACUCUGCAACUAAAUACACAAGUAGGAUUGUGGGAGAUUAAAAUGGUGUCACCAAAUCCCUACACACUGAAGGUUGUAGGUGCUAAUGCCAGCAUGAUGGUGACGAUAAGUGGGAGUGACUCCGCCAUAGUGAGAGAAGUCACUCUGGUUGAAUCAUUGGGUUCAGGGAUGGUUAACGGCACCAUAGAGACUCAGAGUGAGAGAAACGUCUUAAUUCGGUUUGACAAGAUACCAUCAGCUAGGUUUGCGGUACUUGUGAAGGGACAGAUCAGUAACGCCUCCACCAAAGCUUCCUCAGUGCCCUUCCAAAGGCAGUCAUCCACCACCAUCAGAUCUUCUAAUGUGACUGUUACUGUUACAGAUACAAACGGUGUCUUAGUACCAGGAACACCACGAUUACUUCCCUUCUCUGUGACGACCAGCGGUGCAGGAGGAAACUUCAUCAUCCAAGCUACCAAUGACCAAGGUUUUAGUUCAACUUUCCCAUCUAGUUUAUCCCUGGAAGCUGGCGGCAGUGCCUAUGGUAUAGUGACCAUCACGGCGCCUCCAGACACCACGUCUGGUACGAGCGUCACCUUGACCAUUGGGGCCGAGGCUCCAGGAGGAGCAGAUACAAACUAUGCUGUGCUAACAAUGGAGACUGUUACUCAGCCAAUGUCUGCUGCUCAGCCUACUGUCCAACUGCUCUUACAAUUGCAGCUUGUCAUUGUGGGAGCUGUCUCUUCAGGUGACUGGGCGUCUUGUUGUUCACCAAAUGUGGAGCUGUUGAUUGGGGAUCAGGCGGGUAAUGUAGGCAUCUGUUCCUACACUGUCCAGAAUAACUUCACCACCACCACACAAGCAUCUGGAACUGCAGCUACCAGCAACACAUAA